AUGAUACUAUUCAAAGUGAGUAAUUCAAUUUAUCAUAGUCUUCUUGAUUCUUUUGAUUUUUCAGUUACUGUUCGUGGUGCAACAAGUUCCGAUCGUUUCAAAGGUAUUCUUUUGGUUGCUAAAGAUGCAAGUGAUCAAAAUAUUUUGGGCAGUUGGUCAUCAAUUAAUUCAUCAGUUCAAGUUGUUUCUUGCGAUGGUACAUUGUCAAAUGGCAUUACGCACACAUCAUCAACUAAUAAAUCUCAAAUUCAAGCGACUUGGCGUUCUCCGUCUACGAUAACUGAAAAAAAUAUUGUUAUCAAGUAA